GGGGCAGAGUGGCGCCAGCGCUCCGGCUGAGGGACCGGCGGCUGCAGGGACCGUGCGUGGGGGACCUCUGAUGUGGGCACUGCCGGGGAACUUGUCAAAUCUGCUGUGUCAGGAAGAGGACUGAUAUUCAACAAUCCUUCACCUCCUGCAGGGGAGUUGGUACGGAGAGUGUGUGAUGUGAGUUGCCGGGAGCUGCUGCGGUGCUGACAGAGAGCCGGGAAUGGCGGAGGAGCGGGGGGUGGUGAAGGACACGGAGGCCAGUGACGUGAGCCAGCAGACCUUCCUGGUCAACCUGUACAAGUUCAUGAAGGACCGGGGCACACCCAUCGAGAGGAUCCCACACCUGGGAUUCAAGCAAGUGAACCUCGCCACACUCUACAAGGCAGUCGAGAAGCUGGGUGGUUAUGAAGCGGUCACAACAAGUCGCCUCUGGAAGAAUAUCUACGACGAGCUGGGGGGCAACCCUGGCAGCACCAGCGCUGCCACCUGUACCCGACGGCACUACGAGAGGCUAGUGUUGCCUUACGAGCGUCACCUCAAGGGGGAGGACGACAAACCGCUGCCGGUCUGCCAGCCUCGGAAACAGUACAAGGUGAUCAAGGCCAAGGACGGGAGGGGAGCUGGUGCCGAGGUGAAAGAACAGAGCAGUAAGCGGAAGGCAGCGAGGGACGGCGUGCAGCGAGGCGGCAGGAGCCACGGGGUAUCCCCCCCAGCGGACGCCGAAGAUGCGGGGAGGGGGCAGAGCGAGGGAGCGCCCCGGGAGCUCCCCGAAGAGCGCAAGUGCCCGGGCGCGGAUGGAGCGCCGCCGGCGGAGAAGGGCGGGGGCAGGUCGCCGGGCCGAGCCGGUGAGGAGGGGUGGGGAGCGGGCGGCCUGGGGGAGGAGGGCCGGCCUCUCCCCGCCUCCAGGAGGGAGCAGGACAUCAUAUCGCCCCUGGCCAAGAAGAAGAGGUUCGUGGCCGAGGCGGCCCCCAGCCCGGCCAGACCGUCGGUCAUCCGGCCGGCGCCCUCCGCCCCCCCGCCCCACCUCUACGCGGGCCGGGAGGAGGAGGCGGCAGCUGCCGGAGAGGUCCGGAGCCGGGGCUGCGACCUGCCGCCCGCCCCUCGCUGCCUCACCGGCCUCCAGAACGUGGUGAAGCCCCUCCUGCACCUCCCCGCCAAGGGUAGCCCCUACUCCUGCUGCCGGGGCUUCAGGGACCCGGGGGGCUUCGGCCUCCCCCCGGACAAGGGGGCGAGACGCCUCAGCAGGGCGGGGGAGCGCGGCGCCGACCUCCGCCUGCCCCGGGCCGCCGGACAGGCGCCCUGGACCCCCGACUGCAAGGGCGAGGCGCCGAGGAUGGGGCCGUCGGCCGCCCCCUCCCUGGAGACCCCCCACCCCAAGGCGUGCUGGGUGCCCCCGCUCAGCGUGGCCCUGCCGCGGAAGGUGCCGGCCAAGCGGCCCAAGGUGGACGGGGGCGUGGGUCACCCGCGGCCGGGGCCGGACGGCCGGCCGAGGGAGGGCGAGGCUCCCUCCGGCAGGAAGCUCCGCGUCGUCUCGCCCCUCCACCUGGGGAAGGACAGGGGGGAGGUGGAGGGGGAGGGCAAGGGCUUGAAGCCCCCUCUGCCCCCCGUGCCCGCCUGGCUGCUGGCGGCGCCCAGCGCCCCGAACCCCGCCCUGAGCGACCGCUUCCCGGCCAGCUACCUGCUCCCGGUCAAGGAGCAGACCCUCUACUCCUCCCUCAUCCCCUCGCUGGCCCUCAACUCCUUCAUGGUGCCCGCCGUGCCCGGGGACGGUGUUGGGGCUCCGGGGCAUCCCCUCGACCUCUACAAACAUCUGGCCGCCGGCUCCUCCUACGAGAACUUCCUCCGGCACAGACUCUAUCCGCUGGCCGCCUGCUGCCCCGCUCCGUACCUCCCCGCCUUCCACGUCCGACCCCAGCUAUAGCACCGAGCUGGGCCCUUCCCUCUGGCCCGGAUCCAGGGAGUGUGUGGACCCGACCUCACAGGCCGCCUCGCUCCCAUGGCUCUCGCUUGGUCAAUGGCCCGGGUCGAGCAGAAGGAACGCGGUGGUCUUACGGAAGCGGCCCGGAUCCAUCUUCUGUGUAAAUAGUUGAAGCAAACGCGGGGGCUCGGCCUCUGCAGGCAGGACCUUCCCCAGGACGUGGUGGUCGCCCAGGAGGGAGUUGGCGCCUCCCCAUCCCCAGGAGAAGACGAUGAACUGUUGACCAAACGUGGACUUUUUUCUGCUCCGGGGGGGAAGCAAAGCCGAGAGGCGAAGUCUGACCGGUGAGAGAUGGAGAAGUCUUGGUGUUCAGAAGGGACGCGGGGCCCUAGAGAAUGCGUGUGUUGGUCUUUAUUGGAAGAGGAUUCGAAAUCAAGAGUUAAAACGUCUUACGGAAUUUAUAUAGCGCCCUGGUGUGACCACGUCCGGAUCCCGCGGUCUCCCUUCCCAAGGAAGGUUGGGGGAAUGGGUUCGGGGGGAGGGAAUGAGAUUUGGUCCAUAAUGUGUUGCCUUGUGGUCUCUCAUUCUGCCGGGCUCGCUGGGUCAGGCGCAGAGAUGACGGUUGUCCCGGCUGGGGUCCCAGGUCAGACUCUUAAACCAAGGGGUUAGUCCUUCAGGACAGAAGAGAUUUCUUCCCCCCGAGAGAGCGAACCUUUGGCAUUCACCAUGCUCCGAGUUUUGGGCCUUAAAGUGAAUCGAGGGACGUGGGUUCGUGCAGGGAGGAGCUGAGGGAAAAUUCCGGCUGUGUGAACGGGGGCCGGUCACCUGCUCCUAAACUUGUUUCCCGCACAAAAGAAGACACAACUCAUUUAACGCAUGCGCGCACACAGCUGUAUUGAUGGUCAAACAUCUGGAAGUCGGGAACCGCAAGACGCCGGUCCACCUCGGCUCGGUUUGCUUUUCAGUCAGUUUAAUCGGUAUCUCCUGUCGCAUUGACCCCUCCCCCUCGGAUUAACGGCAUAAAACACCAUCUCGUCAUUGACAUCUGCUGUAAGAGGGAUCUUGCUGUGCCGAAAUCAGCAGGUCGCGUUAACCAGGUUCUAACGUGGAGCACACCUCUGGACUAUCUCAUUGCCUGUAGAACAUUCUGAGACCGUGAACGGUGCAGUGCGUCGUAUUUACUGUCUCUCUCUCUCCCUCGGGUGAGUGAGCAGAGGUGUCUCUAUCAAGAUCUGGAGUAUUGAAGCACAACUGGUGUCUGUAUCACCUCUGAAAGAGGCGUUUAUUUACUGUGACUAAAUGAACCGCAACGUUUGGUUUGUAUUCUUGCUCUUGGGUGAUAAAGGACCAACAUUCCACCAGACCUUGGUUCAUUUCUUGUUAUCCCGGUAAACUAUAUUUUAGUGAUCUGUGCCCAU